GCUGUAUUAACCACCGUGGAAGACCUGGUCAUAGAUGGCAUCCGCGACAAGCCACAGCUGAUUGGCAUUCCGGGUGGCAUUGAUUCAGGUGAUUGUUAUGCAUGCGUGGCUGAUGUUGCUGAGAUGGCAGACACUGAUGAAGCCUCAGCCAAGUGUACACUAACUGUUGCUGAGUGUACAUCAAAGCCUGCAACUGCCUCGAAUGUAGCCACUUCUUCAACAUCAAGACCAUCAAAAGAAUCGUUGAAAAAGAGAAAGAGAAACAGAUGCUAUGAAGAAGAGCUACUUGAGCUGGAAACAAGACGUGCACAGGCUGAGUUGGACCUGCUGUUGCAGAGGCAACAGCAGGAAAAACAGCUACAUGAUCUUAGAAUUAAGGUGAUCACAGAGGCUGCAGAGCAAGAGAGACAACUUUUUACUUUAAAAAAAGAGUUGUUAAACUCAAAUAUAAAGUCUGCAAUGGAUCAAGGCCUUCUUUUGUUUGAAUCUUAAACUUAACAUGUUCCUAGGGGCAUAUCGACUGCUAAUAGACAAGUUAAAUAGCUAUUAUUUGCAGAAACAGCUACAUAGGACUGAUUUAUGCAUGUUUUAUUAAUUAAAUGUAUAAAUAAUUUGUGACACUCAAAUAUGAAUAAGUGAAACACUACUUACCAUAAAUAAAGGACCAAGUUUGGUAAAUGAUGAAAGUGCUAUACUGAUGGGCAGCUGGUGUUCCACUUAUUCAUAUUUUAAUGUCAUACAUUAUUUAUAUAUGUAAUUCACAUAGCAUGCAUGAAUCAGUCCUUUGUAGCUU